CUGGAGCAGGAGGACGAUGGCGGCCGACAAACAGCCUCCCUUCCCUCACAUCUGAUCCAGGGGCCCCCCCUGAUCCCGGAGCCGCUCCACACAUGGAGCCGCGGGUCCCCGACCAGGACCAGCUGCUGCGGGUCCUGCGGAGGCUGAAGGAGGUGUUCGAGGUGUGCGACGAGGAUGCUGACGGCUUCAUCCGGGUGGAGCACCUGCUGGACCUGGGGCUGCAGUUCGGCCAAGGAGACGAGGUGAAGAAGUUAACUCGACAUCUGUGCCCUAAUGCUCAUGGGAAAAUCAACUUCAAAGACUUUUGCCAUGCAGUUUUUGCUAUCAAAGGUUGUGAGGAGUUACUGAAGACAGCUGCAGGAUCUCGUGUGACCUCCCGUCGUCAGUCUGUAACUGACAACGGUUACAUUUACCAGAAUAAUGAGGCGAAGCUCGGCCCCCCCAUCAUCAUGUGUACGCGAUCCUACCCAGAAUGCAGUGGCGCUGAAGCGGAGUGUGACAUGGACAGCAGCAGUGAAAACGCCAACAGCUCUGACAUGUUGGACACAUCCCAGAAUGAAAGCCACCUGAACGGAUCAGCGUCUGCUUCGGUCAUCUCUGGGGAGGAGCAGUUUGAAGACUACGGGGAGGGGGUGGACGUGGACUUCACUCCCAGCAGCCCUUGUCCUGAAGAUGACACCCGCACAAAUGGCUUCUCGGACCUCGGUUCUUCACUUCCCUCCAGUGCGGGUCAGACUCCUCAGAAGAUGCGGCAUCUGUACAACAGCGACCUGCUGGACGUCUACUGCUCUCAGUGUUGUAAAAAAGUGAAUCUCCUCAACGACCUGGAGGCUCGGCUGAGGAACCUCAAGGCCAACAGUCCAAACAGAAAGAUUUCCAGCACAGCAUUUGGACGGCGGCUGUUCCAGGCCAACCACAGUGUGUUCGGGUCCAGUCAGGGCAGCAGCACAGAGGACCUGUUCACCGACAGCAUCGACUCCUGCGACCUGGACAUCACAGAGAAGGUGGGGUAUCUGGAGAAGAAGGUGACGGAGCUGGAAAGCGACAGUCUGGCCAACAAUGACCUCAAGUCUAAACUGAAGCAGGAGAACACACACCUGGUCCACAGGGUGCACGAGCUGGAGGAGCAGGUGAAGGAUGCAGAGACGAAGGCUGAGGAGACUCUGGAGGAGGAGAUGAAGAGGCACCGGGAGGUUUACAGCAAGAUGGAGAGAGACAGGAACACGGAGAUAGACCUGCUCUUCAACAGGGUCCAGCAGCUGGAGGACGACAACGGGGAGAUGACGGUAAACGUCAGCAGACUCAAGUCUCGGACGGAGAAGCUGGACCAGGAGAAGCAGAGAAUGACAGACAAGCUGGAGGACACGAGUCUGAGGCUCAGUGAUGAGUUGGACCUGUACCGGAAGAUCAUGGACAAGCUCUGGCACAACCGGCACGAGUUUCAGAAGGAGAAGGAGGCCAUGCAGGAAUUGAUCGACGAUCUACGGCGAGAGCUGGAAUAUCUUCAGCUGUUCAAGCUGGAGAUGGAGCAUCCUGGGAAGGGCAAGAGGCUGUCGGAGUUCAACGCCAAGACCAGAGAGGUGGAGAUGGAGCACGAAGUGAAGAGACUGAAACAGGACAACUUCAAGCUGCGGGACCAGAACGACGACCUGAACGCUCAGAUCCUCAGCCUGAGUCUGUACGAGGCCAAGAACCUGUUUUCCUGCAACAGCAAGGCCCAGUGCCUGGCGGCGGAGAUCGACAACGCCUCCAGAGACGAGCUGGUGGACGCUCUGAAGGAGCAGGAGGAGAUCAACCUGCGCCUGAGGAAGUACAUGGACAAAAUAAUUCUGGCCAUUCUGGACCACAACCCAUCCAUCCUGGAGAUCAAGAACUGAGCGCGGCGCCAGCCCGGCGCCAGUUAGUCGAUCCAACCUAGCGGUUGUUAGUCCCCUUCCCCCACAUUUACUCUGGUGUUGUCAGGAACGCAGCAGAACACGGGGGAUCCGUUUACAGCGAAGAAGGGUUCCUUUGAUUUGACUUUAACUUCACUUCUCCUUCCUGCCAGGCGACUGCCAGCUGACCUCAGUCUGCAUGGUGCUCCAGAGCUUCGUUCUGUAACAUUUCACAAGUACUUUGUUGCCAAAUCAUGCAGAACAUGUUCUGUAGGUGUAAGUAAGUGUUACGCUCUUACAUGUUGUUAUACGACGUACGUCGCCGCCGUGUGACUUCACAAUAAAAGCUGAGCCUCAUCACGUGAAGAAGGGCAGGCGUGAGGCGCCUUGUGCCGUUAGCACCUCAGGAGGUGUUGGCAACAAUCACAAACGCUGUUUUUAGUUUGAUGGGUAGGUUUGUAGAAUCCACUCGGUAGGGUCCAGGUAGGGUCCAGGUCGGGUCUGGACUUAGUGACGUACAUGUUGCACGUGUUAGGAGACACAUGAUUCUAGUCGUCACGCGCUGUGUUGUGUUGUGAGAAAGCUGCACACGGUCCUUGUAGGCCAUCAUUUCAUUACUCCACCCCUCACUGCUCUGCCAUUUUGGUGCCAUGUUGGUGUCAUGUUGGCGCUGUGUUGGUGUCAUGUUGGUGUCAUGUUGGUGUCAUGUUGGUGUCAUGUUGGCACCAUGUUGAUGCCAUGUUGGCACCAUUUUGAUGUCAUGUUGGUGCCAUGUUGGUGACAUGUUGGCGCCAUGUUGGCGCCAUUUUGACGUCAUGUUGGUGGCAUGUUGGUGACAUGUUGGCGUCAUGUUGGCGCCAUGUUGG